GCCGCCAAGAAGCUGAAGAGCCUCAUCGUCGGCCAGGAUCAACGCAAGGAGUUGGCUGUUAAUGAGGGUGUCGUUCAGCCUCUUGCCAACAUCCUGUCCGCCGCCACCAAGUCUACAGGAAAGAGGAACCUCGAUGCUCGUGGCGCACGAAACUCUCAGAAUGAACAAUGGAGUAUUGAGGAUGAUCUCACACUACAGGCGGCCCUCAUCAUUGGAAGACUGGCAGCAGGCGGCUCGAUCUUCUUCCCUCCACUUUGUGCCGCUGAUGUUCCCAAGACACUGGUCGAAGCACUGUCCGCAGGUCUCAGUCCGCGGCUUGUGAAUGCCAUUCUUCAAGCACUGAAAGAGCUGGCUUCGUCUGCCUCCACGACCGAUGAUUCUCCUGUGGACUUUGAUUUCUGGUCCACCAUCAUCAAUGUGCAGAGCUUGGCAGUUCUGGACGGCAUACUCAAGCAAGACACUUCAUCAUCCGACGGCGCACAGCAGCUGCGUCUCGUCACGGACAUCAUUUCAGUCCUUCCCGAUAGUCGGCCAUCGCCAAAUGGUAUCAAGGCUCUGGUGGUCAAUUGCGGUGUCCUUGACACCCUCGCCGCUCUCAUGGUCUCUCACACCAUCAAGGCCUCGAUAGUGAGGCCCAACCGUGACUUCCCAAAGCUUCCGCCUGCUCCUCCUGAGAUCUGCCUACCGAGCAUCAUCGCUGCAAUAUCAACUGUCAUUACUGGAUCGAACUAUCGCGCGCAUAGAUUCAUCCUGGCAACUCCAAUCUACGAACUUUUCAUGCAUUCGGGAUUGGACGGCAGCGAUAGUCGCGCUUCGUUCGACGCCAAGCAUGGAUUCCAAAACCCGGACAUCAGUCUGCUCCCCCCACUGCACAUCCCGACCACCAGGACGGUCUCGCACAAUCCAGGCUCAGGCAACUUUCCAGCUCUUCAGACCUUGCAGAGCGUCAAGUAUGGCAAGAAUCCAUCAGAUACCACACCACUCGUGAGUGACAUCGAUCACUCGAAUUCUGUUUGUGGCUGGCUGCUCGUCUUGAUUCGAAGUCUUCACGGUCUCAACAGAAUCAAUGCAUUGCGUCUGCUUGCGCUUAGCGAGUUCCAGCAAAAGACCAAAGAGCGUCAACGGCAGCUCUGUCUUCUCGCUGUGCCACUUGCGGUGCAAAUUGUGAAAGACGUCAACGAGGGACAGCUUCCAACCAAUCUCCAAGAAAGCCGUGCGCUAAAAGAACAGGCUUGCGCCGUCCUCGCUCUCCUAAUCACAUGUCAUCGAGAUCUCCAGGCCGCCGCUGUCGAAGCGGACGCGAUCAAGCAAGUCUGUCCAAUCCUGAAGAAAAGCUUCGAUAACGUCACCCUGGCAAAGCCCAUGUGGUCAGCUCGAUCCAAGGUCGACGAGCCUACGGAUGCACCUGCGACGUGUCGCAUGGGCAAGGUCGUGUUCCCACCUGAGAUCUACCACGCCAUGCGGUGCCGCCAAGGUGCACUAAAAGCGCUGGAGGCCAUCGCUGCCAAAGAAGACGUCCACCGAAAGGCUAUCAUCGAAUCAGGUGUUGUCAGCUGUAUCAUCGACUCGCUGAAGCCCUUUAUUCCCAAUGCUGCGUCAAAUGCACUCGACAACCGGGUACCUAUCACGCCCAAGGACGGAAACACCGUCGCUGUCAUACUUGCAGCCUGUCAUGCGGCGCGAUCAAUGUCUCGCAGUGUCAGCGUGUUACGAACCAGCCUCAUCGAUGGUGGCAUAGCAAAGCCGCUUAUGCAGCUGCUCUCGCACCCAUCAUUGGAGGUGCAAGUGGCCGCCACAGAUGUGUGCUGCAAUCUUGUCACUGACUUCAGCCCCAUGCGGGAAGAGCUCUCACAGACUGGCGUGGUACGGACCCUGUGCGAGCACGCCCGAAGCAAUUCGCCAGCGCUGAGACUCUCCAGUCUAUGGGCGCUCAAGCAUCUUGUGUUUGCAAGUCCCAAAGAUCUCAAAUUUGCCACGCUGGAAGAGCUCGGCACUGGCUUCCUUGUGGGUAUCAUUCAGGGAGAGCAGCGAGAAGGGCCAUCGAAUGGUGGUGGUGUCAGCGUAAAUCUUAGUACUCCGAACGCGGCCGGCGAGCAGGUCGACAUCCUCAACCCGUCAUCCAUGGACGUGGACGAACCAAUCCAAUCCCGCACAUACUACCAAUCAUCGCAAAUGCGAUCCACCCUCGACCUACCCGCCCCAGCAUUUAGUAGCAAGCGCUACCUCUCCUCGAUGCGCGAACUCGAACAAGACGAAGAAUACCUCUCCCGCCGCGACGAAGCGGCCACUCAACAACAAGCCCUCGACUUCAUCCGCAACUUCAUCAACGGCGAAGACUGCGCCGUCUUCUCCGAUCACAUCAUGAACACCAUCGGCUCCGCCCAAGUCUACGAUCUCCUCACCGCCAAACUCGCCCCUCUCCCCUCUCGCUCCACCACCACCACCACCCGUCCCCUCCACAACCCUACCGAACUCAUCCUCUCCACCGUCCACGUCAUCAUCCACCUCGCCAACGCCUCGCCCCGCCACCGCCAAAUGCUCAUCGCACAAAAACCCCUCCUCUCCGCCUUACUCCCUCAUUUCCACCACCCCGACCCCCGCGUCCGCGUUAUGUGCGUCUGGGCGAUCAACAGCUUAACCUGGAUCGAAGAGGAAGGCGACCGCCGAGAAGCGAAACAGCGAUCGAACGAGUUGAAAGCGAUGGGGUUCGAGCAGGCGGUGAAAUCGCUCAAGGACGAUCCGGUCUUGGAUGUUAGGGAACGGGUCAAGACUGCGAUU